AUGGGACACAGAUCAUCAGUUGCUUCGACUUCUGGAACACUCGGGUCUGAGUCUUAUCGUUACGAUCCGCUCGAACCAAGGCAGUUUCGAUUGGUAAAGAUCCUUCCGGAAACGAUGACAAACAUUAGGUGUGAGAUCGUUACGCAGCCACUCGACACUCAGUAUGAUUAUACGGCGAUUUCCUAUGCUUGGGGUGAUGCAGACGACAAGACUGAGAUCACGCUCGAAGAAGAUGUGCUUGACGAACAACGCAAUGUCACCCGACAGAGAGUUACCGUCCGUGUCACAGUGAGUCUGCACGGCGCACUGGCUGCUUUACGACAGCCGGACGAAGAUGUCUUCGUUUGGGUGGAUUCAUUAAGUAUCGAUCAGCAGAAUAAGGACGAGCUUUCUCGACAAGUUCAGCUGAUGUCUCACAUAUAUGGUAAAGCCACUUCGGUGGCAAUUUGGCUUGGUCCCGAGCGCGACGACAGCAGCAUAGCCUUGCAACUGAUGGAAGAGUUGGCCAGGCUUGCGGACUCACGAGGAAGCGUCUAUCGCCGAAUUUCAGAUGAAAAGAGGCGUAAGCACUUCUCUGCCCUAGUCUCACUUUUCGAGAGGGAGUAUUGGAACAGACUCUGGGUCGUCCAAGAGGUCUUUAUCCCGGAUCCGACGAAAAUCAACGUGUACUGCGGCCAUUCUGUCCUUCCCUGGAGCUAUUACAGAGCAGCUUCGAAUGCACUUCGCGACCACAAACGCGACAUUGAUUACUAUUUUCCUGGAACUCAAGAUCACAGCAAGGGACAAAGAGUGGAUCUUGUGGAGCAGCCGCUCCUGGAAGUUAUGCGUUCGUGCCGCGGCAAGUUGACAGCGAAUCCUCUGGACAAAGUAUAUGGGAUCCUUGGCCUUCUUUCCGAAAGAGUCCGUAGAGAUUUCCCAGUCAACUACAGGCUGUCAGUCAAAAGACUAUAUCUCGAUGUGGUGGAUCACAUACUCUCUACAACUAAGCGUCUGGAUGUCCUUUGCGAAUCCAUCCACUUCCCGCUGCACGUUGGAUCCGCAGGUCUGCCUAGCUGGUGCCCAGAUUGGUCACACAUGCCUGCAACCAAGUCUCUCCAGACUGCGGCCAAAUUCUCUGCGUCGGGAUCGCGUAAUGACAAGCCGAGGCUCUUUGACCAAAAACGAAAGUUGGAAAUCUCUGCUAUCAAGUUAGACACUAUCGGAGUUCAUGGAGUGGCAGUGGGGACUUUGACCACGUCCGCAGAUUACCUGAUGGCUUUCCUCAACUGGCGCGCCAUCAUGCUCGACACCAUUAAGCCACAAGGGAAAAACCACUAUUAUCGUUUGUUGGAUGUUUUCAGCAGAACCCUAUGUCUGAACCAAGUACCCUCUCUCCCAGGCCGGUCACAGAAUUGGUCGGAUGUUUGUCAUCAUGUGUUCGCAUCCUUCCUGAAGGAUCGUCUGUCAGGACUUCCUUUGACCCAAGAGCUCAAAAAUUACGCUGACGCGUCUGAUGUCUUGCAGCCAGGACAAAGGCGACAGAUUCUACAAGCCUUUGGCACACAUAUGAUGGGGCGUUCUUUCUGCGUCACCGAAAAGAGACAAUACAUCGGUAUGGGCUCAGGGUUCAUGGAUGUGGACGACGUGAUCGUGGUGCCGCUUGGCUGCAACACGCCAAUCAUUCUCCGACCCGAGGGGUUAAAUGAGUAUCGCUACGUCGGCGACAUUUAUAUCCAUGGUUACAUGCAUGGCGAAGCCAUUCAACAGCUGGACGCGGGUCAGAGAACAUUGCAAAAAUACGUCCUUCACUGA